AUGAGUCGCAAGUCCCAAGCCACGCCCAAAGCUCCUUCAAGUGCCAAGUGUGCGGCAAAGUGUUCGGCCAACAGGGUCAUCUGUUCAUUCACAAGAAUGUCCACGCGGGGUGAGGCCCUUCGGAUGCGACCCUGCGGCAGGCGCUUCAGUCAGAAGGGAAACCUCCUUCGCCACUCGCUCUUGCACACCAACGAGAAGCCCUUCGGAUGCGGCGUCUGCAGGAAGUUCUUCGUGCAAAAGGCUCACUUGGUGAAACACGUGGUGGUUCACAGGCAGAGGCUGGCUGCCCUGAAGAGGUGUCGGCGGAGGGAGGCGUUGGAGCGAGGGUCCUCCGCUGAGGCCAAGGAGGGCGCCCUCAGCUGCAAGUGUUACAUGAUUACCUCACAACAAACAGUUAAAGGUGAAGGCUACAAAGCACUUAAUAUUUUGCAGGUUCUUUCAUACCUAUCUUCGGGUGCAGACUGCACAGCGCUAUCACAGCUUUAUCGAGUACUAAUUCGUAGCAAACUUGACAAUGGAUGUGCUUUCAGGUCUUCACCCUUGGAGUUCCUUUAUGCUCAGAGUGGAGAAUCAUCUCUUUGA